GAUCUCUAGGUGCUCUACGCGGUCCUCCUCCCCUCCACCAUUUAAUCCCCACCACAACCCUGUGAGGACGGCUAGGCUGAGAACCUCCUAGCACCACGUCGGGGGAUGGGAGGGGGGAAGUGGUGUGUUGGGGGGAGCAGGGGGCGAUCAGGAUCUACUGAGUGAUUCGCGGUAGAUCUCCGAUAGGUCUUUGUUUCUUUCAUAACAAUGAUAUACCGCUUGGUUGCAGAAAACAAAACCAGCGCUUUUUGUGGUCCCGAAUUGUUUAACAAGAGCUUUCAAAUUAAGGCUAUAGGAACAAAUGAAGGCUGUUUUUGGUGCGGAGGGGAGAACCAGGAAUAGCUCUCUGCGUGUGAGAAAGAGGAGCUCGUUUCGGGGACUGAAAACACACCCUCGGCCUCGGCAUGUGUCUCCUGGUUGCCUUUCAAGGAUUUCUCGACCCCUUUUUCUGGGUAGGAGGGAAAAGCCACGUACAGUGGUACCUCAGGUUAAGUACUUAAUUCGUUCCGGAGGUCCGUACUUAACUUGAAACUGUUCUUAUCCUGAAACACCACUUUAGCUAAUAGGGCCUCCUGCUGCUGCCGCUGCGCCGCCGGAGCACGAUUUCUGUUCUCAUCCUGAAGCAAAGUUCUUAACCUGAAGCACUAUUUCUGGGUUAGCGGAGUGUGUAACCUGAAGUGUAUGUAACCUGAGGUACCACUGUACUGCAGUUCUCUCCAGCUUGAUCUAAAGCGGAAAAACACCUUUUCCUGCCCGGCUGAACUUAGCAAUAUGCGCUUUACGCAUCAGCCUGACCCCAAUUGCUCUCCUGCGUGGCCCUCAUGCCACCGACUGGGGCGUCUCGAGAGUUUUUUUAGACGGAUACCGUAAAUCCCCUGCGUGUUUUAUUUUGGGAUGGGGGGCGGUCGGAUUUAUAUGCCGCCGGCCUCUCCCGCGUCGCGAAAAGACUCGGGGCAUCCUCCCGGGUUCUUUGGUCGUCUGAACUUUGGCAGCGCCUGAAGUCCCGUGUCCUCUCCCCACUUGCCACGUGCCCCAGCAGAAGGCUCCCUCGGUCCAAGUGGGAUGGCUUUAAACAAGGAGCCGAGAAAUUCAGGGAGGAAGAGAGGGCUAACGGUGGAGGCAUAAAAGCUUCUGAAGGGCAGCCGCUGUUCGGAGCGGGAAGCGCUCUUGUGCUCGGAUGCCGCUUGCGCGUUUCCUGCAAGAGGCACCUGGGUGUCCACCGUGAAAACAGGAGGCUGCACGGAUCCAGCCGUUUCUUCAGCAUAGACGGCUCUUCCCCCGUAGUACCGGCUCUUUCGGCCGCCAAGGCGGGAGCUGAGCUCUGUCCGCCGUCGCCGAGGCCCCUCCUUGCGCCAUUAGUGGGUUUGGCUGCUCCGCCGCGCAGCCGACCUCUCCGGCAGUCCCGGGGCGAUAAGAUAAGCGGGGGCGGGCCGAGGAGGGCAGCGCGGGCCGCUAUAAAAGCGGCGGCCCCUGCAGGACUCCCAGCUCCGCCACCUCCUGGGACUUACAGAGCAACUCGACCUCCUGCCUGCUGCCAAGAUGAAGCUGACUGCUGAGGAAUGCAAGCUGAUCAAGAGCUGCUGGUCCAAACUGGCCCCCGAGCGCGAGGAUAUAGGCGGCGAAGCGAUGACCAGGUAGGCUGGACGGGGCGGCCAAGGGAGAGAAGCCCAGUCUGGUUCCUCCCGCCCCGUCCCUUUUCCUGACGGCCCCCUUCCCUCCCCGCAGGCUUUUCCAGGUCUACACGCAGUCCAAGAUCUACUUCUCGCACUUCGACCUGUGCCCCGGCUCCAACGACAUUCACCACCACGGCCAGAAGAUCUUCAAGGCCCUCGACCGCGUCAUCAAUAACCUUGAGAACAUCCGCGGCGCCCUGUCCGAACUCAGCGACCUGCACGCCUACAACCUCCGCGUGGACCCCGUCAACUUCAAGGCAAGCGCGCCGACGGGGCGGACGAGGGCCGGGAGGGGCGCACCUUGGGUCUUCCCUCGACCCUCCCCCACCUGGCCGACCCCCCACCUGACCCCCGUCUCUCUCUUUCUCUCCUUUGCAGUUUCUGACCAGGUGCCUCCACGUGACAAUGGCUUCCAGCCUCCGCGUAGAGUACACCGCCGUGGCCUACCUGGCCUUUGACAAGCUCCUCUGCGAGGUGAGCGAUGUGCUGACCGAGAAGUACAGAUGAGCCCCCCGCUGCCCGCCCCCUCGCCUCGGAGCUGCCGUUUGCCCCCCGUCUCGGGCACUCCGCCUCCGCUGUGCCACUGAGCAAUAAAAUGCGUGAACCUCGCUCCGGC